GACGUUCAAAGACAUUCAGUUCACACCCUGGUCUUCAGAUCCUUGAAGAGGACACAUGACACAUUUCUUAUGAAUCAAGGUUUACUACCACCGAUUGAUCCAGAGUUAGAACGGAAGAAGAAAUCAAUCAAAGCACGAGAUACUUAUGGCGACAUAGUAAACAAAGUAAAAAAUCAACCAGUUAAAGCCAAAAAUCCAAAUGAAAAUUUAGAUCCGCCUCCACCCGGUGAUGAAUCAUUUGUAGGAGCUCAGAGUACAUCUUUAGUGGCUGUUAAUACACCAGCAGCAACACCAAGCUCAGCUGUAGCUACAUCCAGUGCAUCGAAUACGGUGGCGAUGCCAGUAAAGAAAACACCGCUUAUGUUAAAGCCCCAGUGGCACCCUCCUUGGAAGUUGUACCGGGUAAUCAGUGGUCAUUUAGGUUGGGUGAGAUGUUGUGCUGUUGAGCCAGGUAAUGAAUGGUUCGCUACAGGUUCUGCUGAUCGAGUGAUAAAGAUAUGGGAUCUGGCAAGUGGUAAGCUGAAAGUAUCAUUAACAGGACACAUCAGCAGCGUAAGAGGCCUUGCCUUUUCGAAUCGUCAUCCGUACUUGUUUUCUUGUGGAGAAGAUAGACAGGUCAAAUGCUGGGACCUUGAAUAUAAUAAGGUGAUUCGGCAUUAUCACGGUCACUUGUCUGCGGUUUAUAGUUUGGCACUGCACCCAACAAUCGACGUACUGACAACUGCCGGAAGAGAUGCCACUGCAAGGAUUUGGGACAUGCGGACCAAAGCAAACGUCCACACUUUAACUGGACACACAAAUACUGUUGCAAGUGUCAUUAGUCAAGCUGCAGAGCCCCAAGUUAUUACUGGCAGUCAUGAUUGUACUAUUAGACUAUGGGACUUGGCUGCUGGUAAAUCAAGAGCCACUUUGACUAACCACAAGAAAAGUGUCCGUGCGGUCUGUUUCCAUCCGAUGCUAAAUAUGUUCGCUUCAGCAUCUCCUGAUAAUAUAAAAGAAUGGAAGUGUCCAGAAGGUAAAUUUAUUCAAAAUUUAUCUGGACAUAAUUCGAUCGUUAAUUGUCUGGCCAUAAAUCCUGAAGGGGUUUUAGUAUCAGGUGCUGAUAAUGGUACCAUGUAUAUGUGGGACUUCCGUACAGGAUACAACUUCCAAAGAUUACAAGCACCUGUACAACCUGGGUCUAUGGACAGCGAGGCAGGGGUAUUUAGUGCUACGUUUGAUAUCUCUGGGUCAAGAUUAAUAACAACCGAGGCGGAUAAAACAAUAAAAGUUUACAAGGAAGAUCCCAACGCUACUGAAGAAAGUCAUCCAAUUAAUUGGAAGCCGGAAAUAAUUAAGAGAAGAAAAUACUAA